AUUGAAAAUUGAAAAUAGUCUAAAACCCUUAAUUCUCAGAAAAAGUUUCACCUACAAUGGCUGAGAUUUCGUUUCUGGUUUUAACAACUCUCGUCGUUUUUUCAUGGGCUCUUUCGAUCGGUAAUUGUCUUCAAGAUUCUGGGUUGGACAAUUAUGGAAGCUUUUUCACGGUCUCGAGCUUCAGGUACCCUGAAUCCCAAGUCAGACCCUACGAUACACGUUACAUCAGAGUUGAUUUGCCUCCAUGGUUCUCAUCAUUGAAUGUUGCUAUCGAAUCUGAUGUAGACAUCACUGCAAAGAGCAUUUCGAAGAUUUCGAAAAGUCUUCUUCCUGUAAUAUGCUUCAGAGAUGGUAGUCCUCCUCUGCCUGAUGCCUCAACCAACGCUCUUGAAGGUUUAGAGCUAGGACAAUUCUUCAAUGGAUCUUUCCAAGGAGCUGAAGAUAUUGAGAUUGCAGAACAGUGUUACCCUAUGCAGAAGAACAUAUCCCUGAGAUUGACCAAUGAACAGAUAUCACCGGGAGCUUGGUAUAUUGGUCUUUUUAACGGAAUUGGGGCUACGAGGACUCAGGGGAAAAUGAUUGUUCGCUCCUCUGCGUUUUCAUUUAGUGCCAACAUCAGUGUUGAAGGUUGUAAAACCGCUACAAUGUGGGGGCCUUCCUGCAACCAGACUAUUUAUCCGCUUUCAUGUUCUCGGUUCGAUAACCAGACAGGAAGUGUUAUUUCUUGCUCUGAUUCUAUUCCUAGUUCUUGUCUGACCCAUGCUGAAACAAAGACAUAUGCUUUAGAUGUAGAUGGGAUAGCUGAACAAUUAGUUAUUAUGGCAUCCAAUGUCAAAGUAGAUUCCAAUGAAAGUUAUCUCAUGUGUUACGCCCGUUUUGGAGCCAUUGCUUCAGAGACUCUGCAUGAUUACACUGGUGAUAUACAUAAAGUUCCCUUAGUUGUUAACAAACCGAAAGCUGGUCGAUGGUAUAUCGUUAUUAGUUUAUCUGGACGGGAGACUCGGUUUGUACAGGGCACUAAUUCUGGUUCUAGGGUCUGCUUUUCAAUUAAUGUUAAAGUACUCGGAUGUCCCGUAGGAAAAGCAGGACCAAAUUGUGGGCAGCAAAUCUACAUGCUUCAGGCAGUUAUGAGGAGGGGAUGGUUGACACCUUUUGAAUCAUAUUAUUUUCCGGUCAAUGACGCUUCACCUUCAGGCUCGAGCACAGUUUUCCCCCUCGAACCCAUCGUCAGCAACUUUUCCUCUAUUCCAGAAUUAGACACAAGCACAUGGACUUAUUUUCUCAUGAACAUCCCUCAAGGAGGUUCUGGUGGGCAUAUCCAUUUCAGAUUAACAUCAGACUCCACAAUGCAAUAUGAAGUAUAUCUUAGAAUUGGUGGAUUGCCCACUAUUGACGACUGGGAUUAUUAUUAUGUAAAUCGAACAAGUGCCAGCCGCUCAAUGUUCUUCUCAUUGUAUAAUUCUAGCCAAGAAAAGGUUGAUUUCUACAUCUUGUAUGCUCGAGAAGGAACAUGGUCAUUUGGUUUAAGGCAGCUCAUUGACUCUAAUACUCCUGCUGCUUCCAGAGGUCCACCUACUCUAGUAUCUCUUUCUCUCGAAAGAUGCCCGAGAAGGUGUUCGUCUUAUGGGCAAUGCCGAUAUGCUUUUGACGCUAGUGGAUUGACAUCUUACAGCUUUUGUUCUUGUGACAGAACCCACGGAGGCUUUGACUGCAGCAUUGAAAUUGUGUCACACCAAGAACAUAUUGUUCAGUCUAUUGCUCUCAUUGCAUCAAAUGCAGCGGCUCUUUUGCCAGCUUACUGGGCUCUUCGGCAGCGGGAGUAUCCAGAGUGGGUUCUGUUCACAUCCAGCGGAAUCUCGAGCGCUCUGUAUCAUGCAUGUGAUGUAGGGACCUGGUGUGUUUUAAGUUACAAUGUUUUACAGUUCAUGGAUUUCUGGCUCUCUUUCAUGGCGGUGGUUGGUACCUUUGUGUACUUAUCCACGGCUGGUGAAGCAGUUAAGAGGACAAUACACACAGUUGUUGCCAUUCUCACAGCUUUAUUGGCCUUGACUCAAGCAACAAGGGCGUCAAAUAUUAUCAUUGUGUUAGCAAUCGGUUCACUCGGUCUCCUCAUCGGAUUUUUGGUAGAAUUUGUUACCAAGUAUCGAUCAUACUGCGGGUCGGCUGGAUUUUCAUUGAACAUGCUCGACAGGCCACGGGCAGUCAAAGAAUGGUUUAGUAAUUUGAUCAAGACGCUCAAGAAACGGUUUCGUUGGGGCUUUGUGGCGGCUGGUCUUGUAGCCUUCACCAUGGCAGCCAUAAGUUUCAAAGUAGAAACCAGUUCGAGCUACUGGAUUUGGCACAGUAUUUGGCAUUUCACAAUCUACACAUCUUCCUUCUUCUUCCUCUGUUCGAAGAUUGCAAUUGUAAAUAACGAGAACCUAGCCCACAACGGAGCUGACAACUACGAGUUAACAAGGCAAGACUCGCUACCAAGAAACUAAGAAAAGCAUAAAGAGAGAGGCUUUUACUGAUUCUUUCUGUAUCUUGUACUAUAUACCAACCAAAGAAGUUUUAGAACAGAACAAGACAUGGUGAUGGGUAAAUAUUCAGGUUUUUUCUCUCUCUUACUUAGAUUGUUUCGAUAUGGCAUCUGAACCUCACUGUCAACUUGUCUCUGUAAUCAUGUAUGUUUAUACGCUCAUAGUGACAUAAAAAGAUCACUGGAGUUGUCCAGUUGCAUCAUUUAUCUUAGGCCUAGGCAAUGUAAUGUUUUGGUACAAUGAGAGGCUUUGGCGUUCUUGAA